AUGGAUUUUGCAAUUAAUAUUGUACUGAACAAGUUCAAUAAUUUUUCAGGUAUCGAUGGUGAAUCGACGAAACAGUUGAUCGAACGAUAUUCUCACUUGGUGUUGGAAAUGAGACGUUUGGAUAUUAAAAAAACGAACAAAGAAUGGAUUGAUAAGCUUUGCGAUGCUCUUCCGUACGAUGAGUGGGGUACAUACUUAAUGAUGCUGAAGAAUAAAACUGAUUUUAUCUUUUACAGUUUGAGUGAUUUUAUCGAGAAGAUUAAAGAGCGAGAACUUGAAAUUCAAAAGAUUAGAAAUGAAGCAAAAUUAAAAUCUGAGAAAAUCGAUCAAGAUGUAAAGGAGCAGGUUAAAGAAAUUUCAGCGAUCAAGGUUGAAAAGAAAGCUGAAGCUAUUUUAGAAGAUGAGAGAGAUAUUUUUGGUAAAGAUAAUACUGAAAAACAAAUUGCAAUCAACUCUCAUCUUGCUAAAAUCAUUCAGCUUGAAAAAGAAGCUGAAAUGAUCGGCUUAAAAUUGCUGAGUUAG